UAAAUCUACCUAAUUGCAGCUUCAAGUAGGAUAUGUACGAGUAUCCUAUCCGUGGCCUACCCCAUAUCCCAUCCCAUAUAAGAGGUCAAUAGCACCAGCCAAGCGGCACAGCGGCGAUAUAUAACUCGGCGUUGCCUCGGUGGAGGCACACUCGACAGCAGCAGUGGACAGCAACAUGGCUAAACUCGCAACCAUCUCCGUCGCCUUCCUCCUCCUCCUAGCGUUAUCGCACGCCGCGCCGGCCGAAAAACCGGCACAAAAAGAGGAUAUCGAGGCCCCCGCGGAAAAAGAGGACCUCAAGGCCGCGGCCUCACAUUGGGGCGGAUGGGGGGGCUACGGGGGCUACGGAGGCCACUGGGGCGGCUACGGCGGCUGGGGCUCACCGUACUACAGUAGCUACUACAGCUGGCCGAGCUAUGGGUACGGAUACGGAUACGGAUGGCCGUACGGUGGAUACGGAGGCUGGGGCGGAUACGGCGGGUGGGGAUAUGGACAUCAUGGCUAUUGGUGGUAAAUAGUACAAUAAGUUUAAAGUGUGCAAUAUUGUCAAUAAAGAAUUGAACAUGGAUACAAGGUUAACUUAAGGUUUUUGUCACUAACAGUACCACACCAUCAUAUCUAUUUCUUUACAAAUAGACUAUAUAUAUACAAACACAAUUAAAGUUGUAUUAUACACUUAAACAGCUACCGAUAUAAUAAAUUACACAAUAUUUAAUAUCCAUGAGUUACAAAAACAUGUAAUGUAAUAUAAAAUGCCAGUAUUAAUAUUUAUUUUGUGUAAGAACACGUUUUUUCUUUAUUUUUUAAAGAUACUUUGACAGAAUUUGUUUAUUUAAGUAUACAAUUUCUUUCAUUUCUAUUUUUUUUUUCUUUUACUGCACCGUAGGGUUAUUUUUAACCGCGGGCAAACAUCGAUCAUCGAUUAAGAGAAAUAAAGAGUUGAUUUUUGAACUUCAGCUUAAGAAUUUUAUAAUAUGGUUGGCAAUCUUAACAGAAAUACACAAUGAAAGCGUUCAGAAAUCAAUUCCUUAUGGUUUAAUAAUCAAUGAUCAGUAUUUCCCCGCGAUUCACAGUAACCCCUGUUUACCAGUUCUUUACUUAUCUAACUUAUCUAAGUCCUUCGCAUAAGUUUAUUCUCAGUCAAUUAGUUUCUAUUUUUUUUCGUUUUUUACCAACUGAAAGACUUGCCUGUAUUUAAAUAGGUUUUAAAUAAAUAGCGCUAGGAUGUUUCCAAUCACUGCCUCCGUUUAAGUAUACUAACGGCCCGAUUCGAAGAAUGAAAUACGAUAACGAUAAGUUCUGGUUUAGAUAAGUUCUCAUUUAGAUAUCGUUUGUAUGUCGUAUAAUUGACAGAAGCAGCUCGAUUCGGGCAACCAAUGUCACUUUGACGUUAGAAAUAUCGUAGAUAGAUCUUAUUGGGAUCAUAGCAGAAUCGAAAUAAACGUCAAUUUUGACAUGACGUUUAGCUAUCGAUCUUAUAAAGAUCUUUCCAAGAUCUUAAAGGUGUCUUAAUCAUUCUUCGAAUCGAGCCGUAUGUAUAAAUAGACGUAAGAUAUAUUGUGUUUAUUAUGAUAAUAAAGACCUGUGAAUAUCA